AUGCAGCCCGUACUAUUUCUUGCUAUGAUCUCCGGGGCCGCGGCAGCACCACAAUGGUGGUGGCCAUUCGGCCCUCCCCCUCCAUCUGUUACUAACGGACCACGCCCUCCAUACUGGGGCAAUCCAGGCGGUGGUGUUCCUCCCUACCCCGUCAUCGUGACCCAGAGCGUCGUCACCGUCACCAUCACCGAGGAACCCACCACCGAGCCUACCACCUCUUCCGUCGUCAGCUCAGACUCGAGCACGCUGAUCCUGGAUCCCACUUUUGACAGCACUACCAGUUCUGUCACAGAGACAUCGGCAUCUGCCAGCCCAUCUUUGUCUUCCAACGCCACCGUUAUUGUCGAGCCGACCUCGACCGUGACAUCCACUUCUACUGAUGUUGCCACCCUCACUACCAUUUCUGGUACGGUCAUUGUUGUGCCCACCAGCACUGAAACUUCGACUUCAACCGAGGUUGCCACCCUCACCACAAUCUCUGGAUCUCCCAUUGUCACGGGAAACCUGACCGUCACUCUCGAGCCAACUUUCACUGAGACCUCAUCUUCGAGUGUUUCGAUCAAUGGCACCACAGUUUCUGUUUUCCCGACCAGUUCUGGAAACGUAACCGUCACUGUAGUGCCAACUUUGACAGAGUCAUCCGUCUCUGUAACUCCGAGCGUUACUGGAAACCUGACUAUCACCCUCAUUGAGCCCACAUUCACCGACUCGACGGUUUCUGCUUCUCCCACGACUUCGAGCAACUCGACCAUUACAGUCAUUAUCAUUCCGACCCCCGAGACUUCGGUUUCAGCCUCCCCGACUGCUUCGGGCAACUCGACCGUCACGCUGACAGUCGCCCCACCCACCAAUACCACGGCCUCUAGUACCCAGUCUGUGGAGCCAACCUUUGAGAUUCCCACGGACACGGCCACGGUCACCUCGGCCAACCUGACCUCCACCGUUACCAUCAGCGUCGUGCCCAUCACCACCGACACGUCCAACUCGACGACAAUUGUGAGCACGCUGCUGCCCCCCAACACGACCAUCUCCAGCGUGGAGCCGACAUUUAUCUCGCCGACUACCCUGACCACCAUUACCAGCCCGGCCGUCGUCCCGACCUUGACCACCGUCACCGUCGUUGUCCCCACCUUCCAGAGCUACGGCUACUACUAG